AUGGUUCCAAGUGGAAAUACAGUGGUUGAGAUACUGCUCUUAUUGCUGAUGGAGAUAGAGAUGGAGACUGACCUUCUGUGCUAUGUUCCUGACAACCAUAAUCUCGAAGUUGGAAAUCUGCAUCAAUCCACAUUGCUCGGCACUAUGGGCAACUUUUCUGCUGUUUAUGCUAGUAGAUACUCUAGGGCGUGCGCGUCCUUCUCCGCCACCGCUGGAUCCGCUGCAACCCCCACCCCCUCCGCGAGGCCGCUCCUCCCUUAGGCCUCGUUACCGACGGGCCUCUCGAAGGCGGCGGAGUACGUUAUCUCGAAGGUGGACGAUUUGAUGAAAUGGGCCCGCCGCGGGUCCAUAUGGCCGAUGACCUUCGGGCUCGCCUGCUGCGCCGUGGAGAUUAUGCACACCGGGGCCUCGCUUUAUGACUUCGAUCGCUUCGGUGGAAUCUUCCGUCCCAGCCCUCGCCAGUCCGAUUGCAUGAUUGUCGCCGGAACGCUCACGAACAAGAUGGCACCUGCUCUUCUCAAGGUCUAUGACCAGAUGCCUGAGCCUCGAUGGGUGAUUUCCAUGGGCAGUUGUGCAAAUGGUGGGUAUUAUCAUUACUCGUAUUCUGUUGUACGCAGCUGUGACAGAAUUGUUCCCGUCGACAUCUAUGUUCCUGGAUGUCCUCCUACAGCCGAGGCUCUACUUUACGGCGUCCUCCGGCUCCAGAAGAAGAUCAACAGGCGCAAGGAUUUCCUUCUUUGGUGGACCAAGUAGAGGAGUCCAUAUUAUCAAUGGAUCGCUUCUAUGUAUGUGCUUGAUAAAAGCUACUAUGCUGAGACUCUCUCACUGUUUCUGUUUUGAAGGCAUCACAGAUAAUUUUCAUCCUGCUGUAUGUACUAAUAUCAUUUUAUGAAGCUAAAACCCU